CUUGUCCAGAUGAUGGAUUGGAUUUUAUUUAGAGGUGUCAGACUAAAGGGGAUCGAAUAGAUGCACAUUUCUUAUUUUUAAUUAGGAAGUAAAAGUUGAAAAUGAUAUUUUUGUGUUCCGGUUCGUCCUCCCAGAAUAAAAUGAACUAAAUAAACUAAACUAAAGAAGAAAAGUGUUGAGAGGUGUGAAUAUUUCUGCCAGGUUUUGUAUUUUAUCCUUUUGGGAAACAUAAUUCACUGGGGAUUAAACUUUGUCAGGAUCAUUUUACAACACGAAGCUGUGGAGUUUAGCUGUGAGAGUCAAAGUGUUUUCUAGCUGCGAUGAGGUCAGCAGGUCACCGAAAGAUGGCGGCGUGAGAAAAUGAGUUACAGCUCGUUCUCCGUUACGCAGCAGAAGUGUGUACAGUUAAUUAAUAAGCAGGGGGUGAAUCAUUGAUGCUGUGACUCUUCAUGGCGCGAUGGUUCUGGAUGUUCCUCUGGGUCGACCCCACCGCCACAACAAACAAGUUCUGGUUCUGACCCGGCUCCUUCCAGAGAAACAUCAUUAGAGCAGAAUCUCUUUAAGUUUCAACUCAUUUCAUGCUAUAAUGAAUUAAUCUCAUUUUAAUGCAGAAAAGUCCAAAUAAAUGCUGUAAAAUGUUGAUAUUUUCAGUGUAUAAAUGCAGAGAGAGGCUGGCGGUGCGGCGGGCGGCCGCAGCUGCAGCAGCUGCAGCAGCUGCAGCAGGGCAGGGAGGCUCUGAGGUAUUUUGGUAAAUCAGUUAGCUGGUUUAUUGACCCUCUGUUUAAAUAAGCCUGUUGGACUUUCUCCUCCUGCAGAAGCUGCCCUCUCACCAUCCAGAACAUUGGAGCUUCGGAGAGGAACCAUGCAGCUGACUCCCCUCACACUCUUCCUGAUUGUGUUGCAUGUUUGUGGCAGAGCGGAGAGCAGAGCGAGGCUGCGGCGGCCGCAGGCGGGCGGCGCGGAGGCCGCGGCCCCCGCCGGUCCGGGACGCCUCCGCCUGGAUCUGAGACCGAACGCUCCUCACCUGGUCAUUCUGCCGGUAGCUGCAGCACCCGACAGCUGGGUGCUGAUCUUUGACUUGAGACGGAGACGCUUCCUGUGUGUGGACAUAAAGGGACAACUCUACAAGUCUAGACAGAAGGACAGAGGACACUGUCUCUUCCAACAUAUUUGGUUCAGGCGGGCUGAGCGCCAUGACCCGUUUUCCUCUGUGAGCAGGAACUGGUUGGUCAAACUGGGGGUUGGUGGGCCAGGAGCGGUCCGGGGGGCGCCACCGGACGGUCGGUCAGUGAAGAGGCAGAGGAGGAGCGAGGAGGUGAACCCGUCCGAUCCUCUGAGAACAGAAUCCCAUCCGUCUCCUCCUGUGAAGGAUGUGGAGCCGAACCAGGCAGGCGCCGUUUCCAAGGAAACCAUCACUUCCUGUGACGACCCGCUGCGGGUGCUGAGGCCCAACGGACACGGCAGUCCCGUCAAGACGAACAUCGCAGAGCGAGCAGAGCAGGAGUGACGUCUUGCAGCUGCUGGUUCUCAGGAAGCAACAGGGAGAAAGUCUGACGCUGCAGAGCAACGGGCAACACGCAGAGACCAAGUGGAAACAGCUUCCUGUCUGCGGCGCCGGCCUGCUGCGCUCCAAUCAGACGCUCUCUGAGGUCUCAUCUGAUCACUGAGGCUCCAGCGCCUAUGUUUGAACAGCAGAUGAGGGAUAAGCUGCUCCUGCUGACCUUUAACCUCUUUUGUCUGUUAAAUUUUAAACCUUGAGCCAGAUGAGGCAACGCUUUCUUCACAUAUGUUCAAAAACUCUAAAUAUUCUCACUGAAAUGCUAAGAAAGAGACAUGAAUGAUAGAACAGGAAACAGAAAUGAUCCGGUGCUGGACACCAGUCUCAGCAAUGAAGAUAUUUAUUUAUUGAGAUGUGUAAAAUAACUUCUUUUAUUGUGAGCUGUUUUUUAUUUAUAUAUUUCUGAU